AUGAAAGACAAAUACUACGCAGUUUCAAGGGGUAUCGAAACUGGGAUUUAUUCUUCAUGGGAAGAAUGUAAAAAACAAACACACGGAAUUUCUAACGCAAAAUUCAGAAGUUUUUACUCUUUAAAAGCAGCCCAAAAAUAUUUAAAUAAAAGAGAAGCUUUUAAUCAAAACUAUUUUAAUAGAAACGCACAGAGCCAAAGCCAAGAAACUUAUCAAUUGUAUUUUUACGUAAAACUUAAUGGUGAGGAUAAUUUUACUUCAAAGUUUGUAUUAAAGCAUAAAAGCGGGAUCUGCGUUUGCAAGUUUGAUAGAAAUUUUAAAUGCAGCGACAGAAAAAUAAUAGAGCUGCAAACGCUAUUUUUUGCUCUAAAAAAUGCUACUGAUUUGGAUAUUAAUAGAAUUGAAAUAUUUAGUUGCUCUUCUGAAUUGGUGAAUAGACUGAAAAAUGUGCAGAAAAAAUACUUCGAAAAAAAUACAGAAAAUUUAUUUGUUACAGUUAAAGAUAAGCUUGCAUAUUUUUCUAGCUGAGAAGUGUCAUAUAUAGAAGAUAGUGUUAUUGAUGAGGAAUUAUUAUAA